AUGGUGUCUCUCGGCGGGGAGGGCGCGUUUCCUCCUGGCUCAACCGUGCACUUCAAGACCGCUCUCGGUGCAUCACUUCAGGCUCAGGUGGUCUGCUUCGAUCCGGCACUCAAGGUAAUCUUUAAUAUCGUUUUUACUUGUCUCUUUCAGUCAUCUAUGGCAGAUUCCGAUGAUGAUGUUCCCGCGCUUCCACCUGAUACACUUGAAAUAUUACGGCAGUUUCAAGAUGAACAACAGAAAAUCGCUGAUGGUGUGGAAGUUGUGACAGAAGAUUGGCAGGCAUAUGUUCAAGCCAGUAUGAAUCCAGAUACGUACAGCGUCCACUUAUUCGAGUAUGAGAUGCACUUUCCGAAAGAAAUUCCUUCGAUAAUACCCUAUGACUAUCGACAUCCACUUGCUAUUCCUGAGGAGCUCAAAGGAAUAUACGAUGUUGUGAUUGCCGAUCCCCCAUUUCUUGCUGAUGAAUGCUUGUUGAAAACUGCGCAGACCGUCCGACUUCUCGCAAAACCAAGUGCAAGGAUUCUCCUCUGCACGGGAACAAUCAUGGAAGACAGGUGUGAGGGUAAGUAUCCUGUUGCGAGCUAUCCCGUUAAUGCUGCGCUUUUAUCAAUCGUAACAGAUGACGUUGAAGAAUACUUGCCACUCUGGGAUAUAGAAAAGUUCCUAAGAUUCUAUCACGAACUAUGCAACGCAAAGCUAGUAUUCGCUUCCUCUGUAUCAGCUGGUGGAAGAGGAAGGCCGUUUGCGAGCGUUGAAAACCUCAAGCUUCUGCUGAUUCAACAGAACUCAGGUAGCCUUAGUACACACUUAUGGACUGCUGUUCGAGCGCGCGGCUGUCAGUUCCUUGGACCUGGUACGUUUUCUGCUCACACUAAUAUCCAGCUCGAUGAGCAAUCAACAGAGCAUAAAUUUGAUGCUUUCAAUGUAGCUGACCGGAGUGCCGUAGCAGAAAACCGACGAUGUGUGGAAGCGAUGGAGACGGACGUCACGUUGGAUGGACAGAGAGCAUUCAUUCAACUCCGACGAACUCUCGACGAUGUUCGUUGGCGAGGUGAAGAUAUCUCGGUCCUCGAACGUGUAGUUGUGAGACCACCAUACACACCAGAAAGUGCAGUAGCAGUGCAGACGAAGGAGCAGAUUUCAUCCACCAGCAUGUCAAAAUUUGAAUCAUCUAUGACAGAUUCCGAUGAUGAUGUUCCCACGCUUCCACCUGAUACACUUGAAAUAUUACGGCAGUUUCAAGAUGAACAACAGAAAAUCGCUGAUGGUGUGGAAGUUCUCAGUCAGUUCUGGUACUCUCCUGAAACUGCGCGACAACUGUGUCGUGAGGUAGUUCAUGCAGUUGGAGGAAAAGGACGUAUUGCGUGUAUAUCAUGUCCUACACUAAUCCAGUACUUCUCGGAAAUCGAGCAAUAUGAUCCAGAUAGUAUCAGCGUCUCCUUAUUUGAGUAUGAUGCACGUUUCGGAAAGAAGUUUCCUUCGGAAUAUAUACCCUAUGACUAUCGACAUCCACUUGCUAUUCCUGAGGAGCUCAAAGGAAUAUACGAUGUUGUGAUUGCCGAUCCCCCAUUUCUUGCUGAUGAAUGCUUGUUGAAAACUGCGCAGACCGUCCGACUUCUCGCAAAACCAAGUGCAAGGAUUCUCCUCUGCACGGGAACAAUCAUGGAAGACAGGGCGAAACGAUUACUCGGCCUUCAUCGCUUGGAAUACGAGCCGUGCCAUGCAAAUAAUCUGUCGAAUGAGUUUUCGUGCUUUGCUAAUUACGAAACAAAGUAUUUAUGA